GUGUAGUCGUCCUACCAGGAAAAAAUGCAGUAUUUACUUCGUCCUUCAUUACCGCCAACACCCAGGCUCUCUGUAAUCCUUCAUUCAUGCCGACAAUGCCAACCCCAACGUACCUUCACUCUGUCCACACGGUUAGGAAAACAGUCGGAAGCUGUAAAGGCGGAAGCACGAUCUCGUCGGAAGCUUAAAGCCUCUAGGGAAGAAGCGAUGACGAUCCGGGAUGCUGCUGCCAUCCUGAAGGCUGUAGAGGCAACCUCUUCAACAUCAGCUUUUGAAUUGGCCGUCAUUACACACCAUACCAAGGGGUCCGCUCCUCCACGAAGUCGAAUCAUAUUGCCACGAGACCCAAGAUCGAAACCCGAAAUCAUGCUUGUCUUUGCUGAAGGGAAACAAGCUGCAUCAGCAAAGAGGCUCGGCGCUGCUUACGUCGGUGGGGCAGAACUGAUUCCAGACGUUUUGUCAGGCGAGAUCAAUCCAACAAAAGUUCUGAGCACCCCUGCACUUCUCCCAACCAUCAACCCCAAACUCGCCCGUUUCCUCGGUCCCAAAGGACUGAUGCCUUCCACGAAACGCGGGACCGUCACAGACAACAUCGCCUUAGCUGUGAAGGCAUCACGAGGUGCACUCGACUGGAAGGGUGACAAACAAGGAGUGAUACGGAUACCCAUAGCGAGGAUCACCGAUUCAAUUCAGGAUUUAGAGCAAAACAUCAGGUUGUUCAUAAAGGGUGUGAAGGAGGCGACGGCCGAUAAGAACGCUAUUCUUCAGAAUAAGAAGAGUGAGUUGUCGUUGUCCGCCUUUUCUCUCGGGAUGGCAUUGUGAUAGCGAUGUCUAACUUGGUUGGUAUAGCAAUGCCAAGCGUCCUCCAGGUCUUCCUUAGCUCUACCCGUGGGCCUGGAAUUCUCCUCAAUGAUGUGUAAUAAUUUAUUUGUGGAAAGUGAUAAACCAUCUGAUGUCUCAUCGCCCCCCAUCGUGCGAUGUGUCGCCCACGUGUGAUUUGUCGAGUAAGCAGGGAAUUACAAUGACGAAGUUUUGGAUGCUUCAGAAAGACGAAAGGAAAAAACAUAAGUUAGGUUGAAUGUUAAAUGUAAAUUAGCUAGGUAAACG